AUGUCUACUUUCUCGCAAAAUCUUCCUUAUUCCUCCUCUUUUGAAGGAGAAGCUGAGAGGCUAUUAAACGAUAUAGUUGAAAAUUUAUGUUCUUCUGCAAAAGCUCAAGAUUGGGGCCCGGGUUGUAAUCAUUGGGUAAAACAACUCAAUGGAAAAAAAGAAAAAAUCGGACCAGAGGAUCUGACAUUGCCUUGGGAACCGUUAUAUGAUAUGAUUCAUAAGAUAUACUUUCCGAAGGGUCGUCAAAAAACUUUAAUAAGUGAAUCUAAACAGAUCUCAGCCGUAGUUCGCUUAGUAGAACAUGCUCAGAGAUUUUUUCCUCCUGAAGCUACGAAAGAUAUCCUUGCUAGGGUGCUUCCACUUUUUCACGCCAAUAAUGUUGGAGAUGCUUUUACCGUACAAGCAUUUUUAGUUCGAUUCCUUCCAAUCGGACCUUCAAAAUCACCCGAGUAUUCACCUGCAAUAUGGCUUCCAACAAUAUUUUCAUUUUGGUAUCUUAUCCCAGGAUCUUUGCUGUUUCAAACAGAAUUUAUUGAUCUUGUAGCUCGUGUCGCUGAGGAAAAUGUUGUAGUUGAAGACGUUAAACUUAGAAAUAUUGGAAUUUUCACACAGUCUCAAGUCAAGACUGUAUUUGCAAGUGGUCAUAAAAUGAUGGAUUUGCCUGUUGGAAGUUCAAACAAUGGUAAUAAUAAUUCUGUAAGAAGUGGUGGAUCAUUUGGAUUGUCCUCAAGAGUAGAUCAAAAAGCUGGAAGUGCUAUGAUGCUGAGGAAAAAAGUUGAUAAGUUUAAGAUGUUGGCUCGAUUUAUUGUUUUUACAAUAUUUUCAUCGCCUGUUUCAUCAAAAGAUGAAACUACUCUCACACACUUGUCCAAUAUGAUUCAAGCUACGGAGACUUUUUAUCAUCCAAGUAAUUUUGGUAGAUGGACUUUUUCGAUAGUUAGAUUUUUGCAGUAUCUUGGUUGGGAAUUCUUAAAACGAUGGACAGAUGAAAACAAAUCGGAAUGUAAAACUCCCGAAUCACGUCGGUUGACCCCAGAACUUAGACGCCAGUUUGUUCUCACUCUUAGAAGUGUUACGUUUUUGUCAAUGUUUGGCAAGGAUCCCAUGUCUGUCGGUUCAAGCCAGGCGGCUUUGAAAUAUUUAGCGUGGUUAGAGCCUACAUUGAUUUUCCCUGGAUUACUAGAACGGGUUUAUCCUUCUCUUGAAACCUUAACUGAGACACAUAGGACAACUUCUUCAAUCUCUGCACUUUCACUUUUGGCUAUUCCAUUAUUUUCUCGAUUUCAUUAUCCGGCUGGAGGAAAACAUUUGGUACAUCUUCUUCAUUUAACAAUCCCCGGUAUUGAUAUGAACGAUCCGAUAAAGACAAUUUCAUCUUUAAUAUUUUUGACUCAUGCAAUCAUGGGAGUCCCUUUAAGAGAUUUGACUGAAGGCAAUUCCACUGAGUCCGGAUUUAGGUGGACUGGUAUGGAUAUUGAUGAAAGAGAAGAUCAUAUGGAAAUUGAUGAACAGGAGGAAGAUGCUUUAUGUAAAUCUAGUACCGCGGCAUUUGAAGAGUGGCUUGCAAAGUUUUUAAGACGCGUCUUUACUAUUUUUGAGUAUCUCCCACAACAAGAGCGCGGAAAAUUAAAUAUACAUAAUAUGGAAACAGGAUUGGUUACUGUAUUAUUGCAUGCUUGUGAAAUAGUUGGAAUUCAAAUGUCUGAGCAACUUCAGGAUAUGGCAUUGAAAAUGGUUAUAGAUUUCGCGUCCACGACUAUACUUCAGAAUGCCACAAAACCAAUGGGUUAUCUAUGUUCCACCCUAACUAGUCCAAAUCGAAGCAAGGCACUUUCACUUUUUAUUCCACUCUGUUAUUCAAAGAUUCUUACAGAACUUCAACACGGUGCAUCAUCUACACCAACUACUUCAUCAACACAUCACAUCCAAUCCGACACAACGUUACAUUGGUAUCAGUGUAUUCUGUAUCAUGUGGCCAUGUCAAGUGGAUCUGAUCUAUUGAAGUACAAAAAAGAAAUGAUAGAGUUAGGAAAAGAAAUGGUGCAAAAAUGUCGUUCAAGGAAAGGAUACAUGUGGACUGGAAAAUUUAUUCGAAUGAUGUUAGUUGCCCUGACGCAAAUAUAUCCUUUAGAAUGCCGAAACGUUGAUCUGGAACGAUGGAAUUCUGACGAAUAUAUGAAAAACCAUCAUAAAUAUUGGGUUGAACCAGGCUGUCACGAAAAUAUUAAUAUUGAUUGGCAUGUACCAACAGACCCUGAACUCGAUUUUGCAAUGGAAAUAAUAGAUACUUUCUUAAAACCUACUCUUAAACGAAUCGAGGAUUUAAUGGCAAAUGGAACUGAUGAGGAUGGAAAGGUGUUAAGCAACCGUGGAAUAACUCACGAAUUUUGCCGUUGGUUCAGCGUGGUCAGAAAUUGCCUUAGCGGAAUGACUACUUUAGUAGAAGACGACGGUGACGAUGAUGCCUCGGAAUUCAAAGAUGAAGAAACCGAGGCCGUAAAACCAACAAUAUCUAUACCUGCUGGAUAUUGCUUCUUAAAUCUCAACGAUAAACGAAGACAAAUUGCACGACAAUUGCGAAAAGAAUUGGGAGAAUUUCUUCAUAAACUUCUUAAAGAUUCUCCUCAAGAUCGAGGAGUUGAGAAGUCCAAGUAUGAUGCAAGUAAACGCGGUUAUCAAUAUGCAAAAAACAUGUUGAAGACUUCUCACCAUGAUAAGAAAUAUCCUCGUUAUUUACUUGUAAAACGAGCAUAUCAACAACAUUUAUGUCGUUUGAAACAAAAUGCGUUUGGUCGCCUUCGAAUUCGAGUACAUGAUAAUUUAUUAAAGGAUUUAGUCGAAUUGUCUCUUAGUUCAUAUUCAGAAAUCAGAAAGAUAGCCCAAUCUCAUUUGACCAAUGCGUCUCGUUGCUUUAUUGGUGCGAAACCAUUUAUCAUUCCAACUUUAUUGGAUGCUUUAAAGCCAACUGACAAACCGAACUCUGAGAGAAUGAAAGGUGCUUUAUAUUUACUUGGGUCUCGUACAUAUAUGUAUACGUGCCUGAGAGAUUGGCGGUUUGUGCCUAAAUUUAUUACUCAUAUAUGUCAGGCUCAACAUGAUGAUAAACCUUCAGUACAAGAAAUGAUACGCAGAAUAUUUUUUGAUUAUCUUAUGAAUUAUAAUAAUACUGCGUUAAAGACAAUCUUUACUAAAGGCUUAGAAGUAGCAAUAAAACAAGCAUUAGAAACUCUUUCGAUUACUAUGGACGAGAAUAAAUAUAAUAGAAUUCGAAAGAAAACAGAAGAUAGAUUAGCUAUGCAAAAAAGAGAAUAUUAUAGUCUUGUUGAUACUCUUUUAACACUGGUCAAAUCAAAUACGCUUCAUUGGCGCUUCGAGUUAAUGGCUUCAAAUUUCUUAGACCUUUUAGUACGACCGGAGGCACCAAUUACUUUAGAAAUGGCAGAAUAUUCUGCUAAAGGAUUAGUUUCAGAACUUCCUGGUUUAAGGCGUAUAGCUAUUUCAACAACGACAAGAAUAUUAUUAUAUAUUAAACAAAGAACAUUUAUUAAGGGUGACCUUGAGUUCGUAUCUUUAGGUAAAUCAGAAAAUCCUCUAAAAAUAAUUUAUGAAACACCGUGUCCUUUAACAGAAGGAUACACAGAUAAAUAUUUAAUAUCCGGUAUGACUCCAGUUGAUGAAAGUAAUGCAGGGAAUAUUAUGCUUCAAGAUAAAGUUUGUGUUGGUUGGUAUAUUUGGCCUAUAAAAUUUGAAGCAUAUUCCCCACGUACGAAAACAAGCGUUAUGCCGAAAAUUAAUCCAGAUUCUGAAGCGGCUUAUAACAAAUUGCUUGAAAAUUUUGAAUCUUCUCUUUUUUGGUCUACUUUAUUGUCAUAUCUAUCACAAGAAACCUCACGAGAUAAAGAAGAUAAUUUCUCUACUUGUAAUGCAAAUCUAUUUAAAAGUAUUUUCCAGAUCUAUGAGGAUUCUUUCUUAGACAUUGUUAAACCAGAGGUCCUUAAAUUAUGCAAAUCACCGGAGAAAAAUCAGCAACGUGCCGCCACAGAAAUAUUGGCGGGUAUUAUAAGGGGAAGUAAACAUUGGUCACUUAAUAGAUUACAAGCAUUUUGGAGCUGGAUAAUUCCUUUAUUAGAGCAAACUUUUAAUUCAAUCACUCCCGAUUCUCUUGUAUAUUGGGAUAGAUUUUUAAAUUAUGUCUUGCGUAAUCGUGACCCACGACGAGUAUUGCCUCUUGUUGAGUUAAUUUUAAGUUUUCGUAUCGACCCUACAUCUCAUGCUUCUUUUGCUGAAGCAAAGAAAUUAUUAUUUAUAAGCACGCUUCUUAGUGUUUUUUCAUGGCGCGUUCUACCGAGGACGCAACCGUUACUUGAAGAAUAUUUUGCUAAUAUUCGUCAUCCCUAUAAACAAGUACGCGAUACUAUAGCAGCAAAUAUUAAUUUAGUAUUACAGAUACAAUGGCAUCCUUCUGCCGCUAACGUUACAGAGAUACUUGAAAGUAAUCUCCGAAUUGGUGAAGGUGUUGGGUUUGUUGCGUCGGAAUUAAAUGAAAAUCUCAAACAAACAUUGUUGGGUUUAGUAGAAUCACUGGUAGUCAUGCAUGCGGAAAAGAAGCCAACUGCGGCUGGUUCUUCAGAAUACGGGAAUGCUAGCAAGACAAUCCUUGCAUGGCUUUAUGAUGCGCUCACCAUGUGGCAAGCUACUGGAACAUAUCCGUUGAUACUUCCUUUAUUGCCUUCAGUGUUUCAAAUGCAAGACGUUAAUGACGACCAAGACCUUCAGUCCAUGGCUACUCAUGUUUUAAACAUCAUUGCUUCUUAUCCUUAUCCUCCUGAUAUGAUACCAAUGAUGAUUGACAAAUUUGUCGAAAUACUGACAGAAUCUUCAAGCUGGCAUAUUAGAGUAAAAGCUUUACCUGUGCUUCAAGUAUUUUUCUUCAAACAUCUUUUUAUGUUAAGUAAAGAUAAGACAGAUAAAGUUAUGGAUGUGGUCUCCAGGAUGUUGAAAGAUAGUCAGAUUGAGGUCCGUCAAUUGGCCGCAGUCACGUUAUCAGGCCUAAUUCGUUGUUCACAAAGAGAAGCUAUAUCUAAAUUAAAAGAUCAGUUCACCAAACUGUUAGAGACAAAAGUUCCGCCACGCAAACGUACAGUACAAGCUCCUCGCGCAACGUUGCCCCCAGGCUUUCAAGAAGCCGUUCUUACACGUCAUGCGGCUGUUCUUGGGUUAUCUUGUUUGGUUGAUGCUUUCCCAUAUGAAGUUCCAAAGUGGAUGCCCGAAAUCUUGGUUAAACUUGCUGAAUGUAUAUCGGAUCCGGUUCCUAUACAGACAACUGUCAAAAAAACAUUUGCCGAUUUUAGAAGAACACAUCAGGAUUCUUGGCAUGAAGACAUGAAACAAUUUACAGAGGAUCAAUUAUCCGUUCUAUCCGAUAUGUUGAUUUCACCAUCUUAUUAUGCAUAA